CCGCCCCGCCCCGCCCCGCCGGCCCGCGCCCGGCCCGCACUCGGGACCAUGAGCCGCAUCUACCAGGACGGUGCGCUCCGGAACAAGGCGGUGCGCAGCGCGCGGCUGCCCGGGUGGGACCCCGCCGCGCACCAGGGGGGGAAUGGCGUCCUGCUCGAGGGAGAACUGGUCGAUGUAUCUCGCCACAGCAUCGAGGAUGCCCAUGGCAGGAAGGAGCGCUACUACGUGCUGUAUAUCCGGCCCGGCCUCAUCCACCGCCGCAAAUUCAACCCCAAGGGAGAUGAAAUCGAGCCCAACUUCAGCGCCACCAGGAAGGUGAACACGGGCUUCCUCAUGUCAUCCUACAAGGUGGAAGCCAAGGGGGACACCGACAGGCUCUCACCCGCGGAGCUGAAGGAGCUGGUGGACAAGCCGGAGCUGCUGGCGCUGACCGAGAGCCUCGCCCCCGAGCAGACUGUGGCCUUCUGGAUGCCCGAGUCAGACAUGCUGGCGAUGGAGCUCGAGCUCGGGGCCGGGGUGCGGCUGAAGACUCGGGGCGAUGGCCCCUUCCUGGAGUCAUUGGCCAAACUUGAGGCUGGAACAGUGACCAAGUGUAAUUUUGCGGGUGAUGGAAAGACAGGGGCGUCCUGGACAGACAACAUCAUGGCCCAGAAGUCGUCAGAGGGGGCCAGAGCGGAGAUCCGAGAGCAGGGGGACGGGGCAGAGGACGAGGAGUGGCCAGAAGAAAUUCAACAGCAGAUUGUUCGAGAGACUUUCCAUCUAGUCCUCAAGCGGGAUGACAACAUUUGUAACUUCUUGGAGGGUGGAAGUUUGAUUGGUGGCUCUGACUACAAACUGAUUUACCGACACUAUGCUACCCUCUACUUUGUAUUUUGUGUGGAUUCGUCAGAAAGUGAACUUGGGAUCUUGGACCUCAUCCAGGUUUUUGUGGAGACUCUGGAUAAGUGUUUCGAAAAUGUGUGUGAAUUGGAUUUGAUCUUCCAUAUGGAUAAGGUGCACUACAUCCUCCAGGAGGUGGUGAUGGGUGGGAUGGUGUUGGAAACAAACAUGAAUGAAAUUGUGGCUCAGAUUGAAGCUCAAAAUAGGCUGGAGAAAUCCGAGGGUGGCCUUUCAGCAGCCCCUGCACGGGCGGUUUCUGCGGUGAAAAACAUCAACCUGCCUGAGAUUCCUCGGAACAUCAACAUUGGUGAUCUCAAUAUCAAAGUCCCCAACCUGUCCCAGUUUGUCUGAGGGCGGAGGAUUGGGCUGAACUGGAGUCCUUAAAACAAGCAAAGCCAAGCAAGUCUGGAAACAGAACCCAUUUUGAGCCUUAGAAGAGUCAAGCCUCAGGACUCUGAACCUUUCUGUCUGGGGAAGACUGUUUGGCAUGGGAGGGGAAGGGGUUCAUGUGCACACUGCCUGGGUGUGCUCAGUUCUCCCACGUGCAGCCGUGUUGCCCUCCACGCACACGGCCGCUGCAGGGGUGAGGGGCCUGCCGUCCUCAGAGGGAGUCGGCGAGCCCAAGCCACCCGUACCUUUGCCUCUCACACACAGCCGCUCCCAGGGAUCGGGGACUGUACUGAGCAGGCCCACUUGCUUCCCAUAACCCCAGCACGAGGACUGAGCACAUUCUCUGACUAGCAUCUUCAUCCUUAGCACGACGGGCUUCUGAGGUCCUGUAGCAUUUACUUGCUGGUGAGGUACCCUAGGUAGAAAAGGGCUGGCCCUUCAGAUUUGGGGAUGUGGUGAGCAAGUAAGGGCAGGUUUUAUGAGAACCAGAGUCACCUGCUGGCUCUACAAAGAUCGUUAAUGCCCAGAAUUCUUGUAUAGCCAGGCCUUUUGGUUACCACCUCCUGCAGAAUACGUUCCCUUGCUGUCUUAGUCUCAGUUCUGUUCUCACAGGCAUUUGUGUGCAGGACACAGUCCCAGUCACACCCCUGGUGCAUGCCCACCACAUUGCAGCUGCUCGGGAGCACCCCUCACACACACUCGCCGGAGAGGCCCCUCCUCACGGAGGAGAAGCCCUGUGUCUGUAGAAGGUUAAGCCAACAACACGUGGAAUAUCCCAGAAUUAUGACUCUUCCCACAUUUAAAAUACAUUCUCCUCACGGGAGCAGAAGGUCCAGUUGCUGUGUUAAGAAUGAUGAGUCGUCUCCGUAGGAAACCCACUGCCACCUGUACCAGCUUCUGGAGCAUGAGAGCCUGAGCCAGGGCCACCCAUCUGAGGCCCAGAUACAGGAAGUGUGCUCGCCGAGACUAGUAGCAGUGCUGCAUCUUCUCCCCUCCCUGGACUCUGCUCGUGUUCCCUCAGGUGACGUUCUCCCAGAGCUUUGGAGACCCAUAAAUGUUUACAUGUGAUAAGUC